CAGAGACAGAGACACUGUGUCAGGGAGCACAAACACUCUGUUUUGCUCUCUGUGCUACACCACGUAGAAACCAGAUAUGGCUACUGCUGGCAGUGUGCUGUCUAAGGAGCAUUUUCUUUGCCCCAUCUGUCUGGAUUUGUUCAACCAGCCAGUCUCCACUCCUUGUGGGCACAACUUCUGCAGGGACUGCAUACAAGGAUACUGGCACAGUGCUAAUCUGUCGCAGUGCCCCAUGUGCAAGCAGAAGUUUUACAGGAGGCCUGAGCUCAAAGUUAACACCUUCAUUUCAGAGGUGGCCUCUCAGUUCAAGGAGUCAUUGGAAAGAAAAGACAAAAAGGAAGCCAGUGAUGCCAGCCAAUAUUCAGGCCAUGGAGGAGAAGUUUCAUGUGAUGUGUGCAUUGGAAAAAGAGUCGACGCUCUUAAAUCCUGCCUGGACUGUUUGGCCUCCUUCUGUGAGACUCAUCUGGAGCCCCAUCAUGUUCUAGGCACCUUCAGAAAACACCACCUGAUUAAUCCCACCAUGAACAUGCAAGAUAGGGUGUGUAAGAAGCACGAGAAACUCCUGGACCUGUUCUGUAACACUGACCGGACAUACGUGUGUCAGCUCUGCAUCAAGAGAGACCAUAAGUCCCAUCACACUGUUUCUAUAGAGGAUGAGAGCAAAGACAAGAGAGCUCAAAUUGGAAGGAUAAAUGAAGAGGUGGAAAAAAUAAUUCAAGGUCGACUGCAGAAAAUCAGAGAAAUCAAUCAAACCGUUGAGCUCAGCAGAGGAAACACAGAAAGAGAGAUUGAGGAGAGUUUGCAAGUCUUCACCAAACUGCUCCACCCUAUCCAGAGAAGCCAAGCUGAGGUGGGAGAAGUGAUUGGUGCAAAGCAGAGGCAAGUUGAAAGCAGGGCCAGCGGACUCAUCAAAGAGCUGGAGCAUGAGAUCAAUGAGCUGAGGCAAAGAAGCACAGAGCUGGAGCAGCUCUCACACACUGAGGACGACUUUUACCUCCUCCAAAGUUUUCCAGCUCUCUCCACACUGCCAGCCACCAAAGACUGGUCUGACACUUACAUAGGAAGUGCUGUGUUCGUGGGCACAGUGAGGAGAGCAGUCAGAAGAGUAAUGUGUCAGCUAGAGGAAACUGUAAGGGCUGAGAUGAAGAGGCUGCAUGAGAGCGAAUUUCGAAGGGCUCAGCAGUGUGCUGUGGAUGUAACUCUGGACCCUGACACAGCCCAUCCCAAACUAGUGCUGUCUGAAAACAAGAAACAAGUGUAUCAUGGUGAUGUAGCAUUGAACCUCCCUGACAACCCCGAGAGAUUUUACCCCGGCGUUAGUGUUUUGGGAAAGGAGGGUUUCUCCUCUGGCAGGUUCUAUUAUGAGGUCCAGGUGAAGGGGAAGACAGAGUGGGAUAUUGGAGUUGGGCUUGAAUCUGUCAACAGAAAAGGAGGGAAUAUUCUAAACCCUGAAAGAGGCUACUGGGCCCUGGGGAUGAGAAAGGACAAGAGCUACUGGGCACUCAGCAACACUCCUAUCUGUGUGCCGCUGGUUGAGAAGCCCCAGAGAGUCGGGGUGUACGUGGACCUGGAGUGGGGGCAGGUUUCUUUUUACAACGUGGACUCUGCUUCUCAUAUUUACUCAUUCACAGGAUAUUCAUUCAGUGAAAGACUUUUCCCCUACUUUAACCCCCGCCGGAAUCAUGGUGGCAUCAACUCUGCACCUCUGAUCAUCUGUCAGUGUCUGAAAUCUGCUUGAAUGCUUUCAUCUGUUUUUUAAUUUUAUAAUGUGUCAUUUUCAGAUUAAAGUUAGCAAGGCUCCAACACAAUGUUUGCUGCUCUGUUUGCCUCAAUAAAGU